AUGGCUCGCUCUGUUCGGGAGUGUUGCUGUAUGGAGGGAAUCGCUUCCAGAGAGGUUCCUGCUGGGCUGCGCAGCAUCGGGAGCUUCGCAUUUCACGCUACGCUGCUCUAUGAAGCACAGUUGGCGGAUGAGCUUCCCAUGGUCUACGUGGCGAGCUUUACGUUGUAUCUGUUGCUAGACAGCAAACCCGGGUUCGACAACACCACCCGCCGAUCCAUCCUCUCUGUCGCGGCGCUCGUAGCAUUUGAUGUACUAUUCACUUGGAGCUAUUACCUGUACCGGAAUCCCGUGUACCACCAAGUCGUCUUCGCCAGCAUCCUCGUUCUCGUUAUCAUACGCGUCACGACAUGUCUUCGAUCACCCCAGGCCAAAACACGCAUCCCCGAUCACAAAAAGACCCAAAUAACGCGUCUCUUCACAACCGGUGUUCUAUCGUUCGCGACUGGGUUCUUGAUCUGGAAUCUAGAUAACAUCUUCUGUGGCAAGCUCACGAGCUGGAAGGUGUCUAUGGGGUGGCCUGUCGCUUUCUUGCUAGAAGGCCAUUCGUGGUGGCACGUCUUGACCGGCUUGGGAACUCACUACAAAUCCAUUGGGAUCCAAUAUUUGUGUGUUUCCCCUGAUUCGUCCUAA